GACACUAAAAUUUCUGUUGUGGUAAAUACACACGUGAGUAAUUGUGAGGUUAUGUGUAACUCUUAUAAAUAGUAGUUUUUUCGGCUAGAAAAUGGGUGAUUUAAAGAAUCCGAAAAUGCACAAUGUGCGUUUUUACAAACCAAAGCCCAAGGCAGUGUACUGUAUGGCGAUCCAGCCGCACAACAAAAAAUUGGCUCUUUCAAGAGCCGACGCUAGCUUAGAAAUUUGGAACUUAACCCACACACCCUUCAUCGAACGUACAAUAGCCAGUUCCACCGAAAACUUCAGUAUAGAGGGGUUAGCGUGGUGCGAUUCACGUCUUUUCAGCGUAGGGCUGCACGGUCUCUUGAUAGAGUACGACUUAUACAAACUGGAAGUGAAAAGUAGGGCCGUGGUGACAGGCGAGGCCGCGUUUUGUCUCGAUAUAAACAAAGACAAAUCGCGGAUAGCCAUUGGAACGGAACAGGGUUAUUUGAACAUUUUCCAAAUCCAGGAAGAGGAGGUUUUUUUUGAGAAGUUCUUGGACAAGCAAGAGGGGCGCAUUUUGUGUUUGAAAUUCGACCAUUCUGGGGAGUAUAUAGUGUCCGGGAGUUUGGACGCGUUACGGAUUUGGAGCGUCCGCACUAAUCAAGCCCUUUAUAAAAUGAUUACGGGCCGUGCUGAACACAACAAGCCCACGAUCGUGUGGUGCCUCACCAUCACCCAAGACUUCUCUAUAAUUAGUGGAGACUCCAGGGGUGUUCUCACCGUGUGGGACGGCAAAGUGGGGGCUCAGCUUGAAAGCUACCAGUCGCACAGAGCUGACAUCCUCGCGCUGUGUCUAUCAGAAGACGAGGAGUCCCUCUACUGCGCCGGGGUGGACCCCAACAUUGUCAAUUACGUCCGGGUUAAAGUCAAGGAUGAUUCCCAGAAAUGGGUGCGCAGCGUCCAGCGUAAAAUCCACGACCACGACGUGCGCGCGCUUGCCCUUGAUGGUAACAAGUUAUAUUCCAGCGGCGUCGACGGUUACUUAGCUUGCAGUUACCCCCCUAAAACCUUGUCAAAGUUCGCGCCGAUUUUGCAAGCCCCUUGCGUCACACUAUGCUCCAAAGCGCGCUACGUCAUGUUGCGGUACCCCAAAUUCAUCGAAGUGUGGACUUUGGGGGAAAGUGGGGGCGAAAAAGACAAGCGCACGGGGAUGUUCACCGUAGAUAAACGACCCCAGAAAUUAGUUUUAGUGCAAAAGGUGGUUAAAGUAGACGACAAUGACAGAAAAGAGGGGAUUCUAUGUGCGACGAUGUCCGACGAUGGGGGUUUAAUUUUGUACAGUACUAGAUUAGGUGUUAGAUUAUUAAAACUAGUUAGGGAGGAAUCACUGAAGUUGGUACCCGUGGAAACUGAAGGCUGGGGGGAAGUACCGUGCGUGGGCGCCAUUUUCGCCCAAAGUCGCUUAAUCGUGGCGCCCAAUAUCGGUGGCUUGCAAGUGGUGGAAAUCGCCAAUGAUAGAGCCGUCGUGACGCAGACCAUCAACACCCAGUCAGACAUGGAGGAUACGAUUGCGUUGUUGGGCGUGUCCGGCGACUCCCAGUUUUUGGUGGGGGGCGACGUCAAGGGAAAUGUCGCGGUCUGGACUUUAAAGAAUAAUCACUACGUCAGUUAUUGUAAAGUACCAAGGUACAAAUCGGCGCCGACGGCUUUGGGGAUUCACCCGAAGGUGCCGAAUUUGGUGGUGGCCUAUUCUGACGGGCACGUGAUCGAGUUCGACCUGUCCCGGCGCGAGUUGACGAAAUUUUCGCGGUCCUUGUCGAAGAGCCCCCCCAAGUCGCUCGCUUCGCGCGCCUCCGUCGUCCGGUCCGUCGCCUUCGACCCCCGCGCCGACCGCACCAUACUGCUGCAGGACGACGACAACGUCAUCGUCAUCGAUAAGGAGAAGACAAUCGACAACAAGAACAAGUCUCCGAAGGUCCAAAAAAUUGAAGAAGGGGCCAAAACUCAACAAUUCGACUGCCGUUCCGUCAAGAAACACAAGCACCUGGUGCACCUCGGCUGGGUCUCGCAGGACGAACUAGUGGCCGUGGAAGUCAACCCCGUGAGUUUGACCGAGCAUCUCCCGCCCUGCCUCGUCCAGAACACCUUCGGCAGAAAAUAAAUUUCUCGAACUGUG